AUUUAGUAUUUACUAUCGCUCUGAGACAGACUGGGCUUAUGUCCAUAGAGAGAAAAACUUUGGUUUCGUUUUAUUCCCUCUUCUCUCCCCCUCCCUUCGGCCGUAAAUUCAACCUCACACACAUGAAAACUUAGCUGUCUUCACAGAUGGAGUCAGUUGAUCUGGAUCAUAAUGGUAAUUGCAUUGAAGAAACGUCUGACAAGCAGUUAUUUCCUCCAAGUUCUCCUGAUAGAAGUGAUAUAUUUGGAGAUCCACAGGUGAAUACACGAGUUGGUGAUGAUUACCAAGCAGAAAUUCCCUCCUUGCUGACAGAAUAUAAGCAUCUUCAGCUUCUACUGAACCCUGCUGAUUCAGGUGUCAUGGUUGAUGAUUCCCAAUCUUUUUUAAUGGGUUUGCCUAUCCCAAUCAUGUGGGCUCAGGAAGUUAAUAGCAUUGGAGAUAAAACAUGGGGAUUUCCUAGUAACCAUGAUGAGGAAGUUAACUCAAACAAGCCUGCCGAAUUGAGAAACAGAAAAAAGAUAUAUAUUAAGUUGAAGAAGAAAAGUUCAGCAAUCAAUCUUGAACCCUUGGAUGUUGGGUUGGAAAAUGAAAAGGAAUCAAAAACUGCAAAUGUUGGAAACAUCGUGAUAGGGAAAACAAGCGUUGUUGGACUACAUAAAAGCAAAAGGUAUUCCCCAGUUCCAGGUUCUAAAUGUGACCCUUGGAGUGAUCCUGACGUGAACAGUUUCCUUCUUGGUUUGUACAUAUUUGGGAAGAAUUUUGUUUCAAUCCGGAGACUCCUAGAGAACAAACAGAUGGGAGAAAUACUGUCCUUCUACUAUGGGGAAUUCUAUAGAUCUGAUCAAUACCGUAGAUGGUCAGACUCCCGGAAGGCCAGAAGUAGGAAAUGUGUAACAGGAAGGAAAAUAUUUACAGGAUGGAGGCUACAGGAACUGUUAUCCCGUUUGCUUCCCCAUGUCCCAGAGGAAUUUCAAAGUACUUUGCUGGAGGGCUUCAAGUCAUUUGCUGAGGGAAGAACUUCAUUUGACGAAUUUGUCUUCUAUUUGAAGUCAACUGUUGACAUUCAGAUUCUUGUGGAAGCUGUAGCUAUUGGUAAGGGGAAGGAGGAUCUCACAGGCCUUGCCUUAGAGUCUGGAAAGACCAAUCAAAUAUUUCAAGUUUUUCCUAACCUACCAACCGGCAAAGAUUGUUCCUCUCUUACUCCCAGUGACAUAUUAAAGUUUUUGACUGGAGGCUUCCGGUUGAGCAAAGCCCGGUGUAAUGAUAUUUUUUGGGAAGCUGUUUGGCCCCGUUUGCUUGCGAGAGGAUGGCAUUCUGAGCAGCCUAAGAAUCAGGGUUAUGUGAGUUCCAAACAUUACCUUGUUUUUCUUGUGCCUGGGGUUAAGAAGUUUUCAAGAAGGAAACUUGUGAAGGGAGACCACUACUUUGAUUCUGUUAGUGAUGUUUUGAGCAAAGUGGCAUCUGAACCAAAACUUCUUGAGCUUGAAGCUGAAGAAGCUACACUCAGGAGCUGUAAUGAGGAUGGGUGGGUUCAAGAAGUGACAUCGGAUCCAGAUGAUCCAUCCAAUCAUCAGCGCCAUUGUUACCUUAAACCCCGAGUUACUUCUUCCUCUCCAAAUCCUAUGAAGUUCACAGUUGUUGAUACUAGCUCAGUCCAUGGAGGAAAAUCAUCCAAUGUGAGGGACCUGAGAUAUUUACCGGUUGAAUACAAAAUUACUUCUAGUAUCUCCAAUAAUUAUAAGAAGUCAAUGUAUGACUUUGAGGCAUAUGUUGCUGAUAUGCCAUUGAAGGCUGAAAAAAACACAAAUAAGCUUAACCACAAUAAGGGUACAGUUUAUACAAGUGGUCCAAAUGGUUUGAAGUUCACUGUUGUUGAUACCAGUUUGCUUCGUGGAGAAAAAUCAUCUGAGGUGAGAAAAAUUAGAUAUUUACCCAUUGAAUUUAAAGGUAUAGCUGAUUUUAGCAAUCUUUUGGGAGAAACUGAAGGGACCUCCUCUGAAGAUUCACUGGAUGCGCAUGAGAUUAAUGCUGUUGACAUGUUGUUGAACAGUGGAAAGAAUAUUGUACCUGAUGGUGAUGAUACAAACAGAAAGGUAAUAAGUAAUAAUUCAGAUAUUACUUCGAGCCAUCGAGAUGAUAAGGGCAUUAUGUCCAAUGACAGGCAGCUAAAAACAACUAUCAAGCACCAAUUUAGUCGGAGAGUAAAAUCUGGUAAUUCAAAAUCUGUCUCUCCUGUCAUCAAAAGGCGAAAAUUAACUGUUUGUUCUAAGUUGAAGACACAAGGUGUUAUUGAGGACUUCUCAGAAGGCUUGGAGUUAAAUCAAACAGGACUCUGUUUGCCAUCAAGUUCUCCAGAUGCAAGCAAGAAUGUUAGUUCUCCAAUGGAUUCUCAAGAGAAUGUGUCUUUAAUUAUUUCUUCACCUAAAGGCAGUCCAGGUGAGGAGACUAUUGGAGGCAUUCUCAUUGGAAACUCGUCUGCCUCGGGCAUGUCCUGUGGGAUGAAUGAGAAACAUCAACCUCAGCCAUCACUUGACCUGAACCUACCCCAGGUUCUGAUAAACUCUGAAGUGGGUGAAGCAUUAAUGAUGGAGGUGGAAGACAGCCAUGGCAUAAAUGCAGACGGUUCAUGCCUUCUAUCUAACGGAAUGGACCUGGUUCCUGACACAAUGACUUCUAUGGAUGUGGAUAAUGUAGAGCGGCAACUGAUGAACCUGAACCCCAGAAGGCAAAGCACAAGAAAGCGACCACCGACCAUCAGAGCAUUGGAAGCUCUUGCAAAUGGUUACUUAAUUGUCCAAAGGAGGCAAAAGGGCACAGAAUUUCAGACACAUGAAAAUCCAUUCUCUAGUCCUUCCCGCAAGGCCCGAAGCAGAGUCAAAAUAACUUCAAGUCGUGGUAGCACUAGUACCAAGACCAAUGAAAUGGAAAGAAAAGAAGUGACUGAUGCUUGUGAUGAUAACAAAGGUAUGGUUAGCAAAACUGUUGAAAAAAAAUUGGCUCACUAAAUACUCAGGAUUUUCAGAACUACCUAUCAUCCUAGUGUUUUUAAGGACGAUCUGGUAAGGUGUUGUUUUUCCAAUUAUGAUUAGAAAAUGGGUUUUUAAUUACUCUGAAAGACGACCAGAGCAGUCUGUACCCCUUGUGGAAAGAAAGACUCUUGCUAUAUUUAUUGCCAUGACCUGGAAAAAUUGUACUCCGUUGGAUGCUUUACCAACCAUGGUAUAGGAGAGUCCAUCUUCACUUGUUUAGUUCACAUAAAAACUAACCGUUCACAGUGCAGACCAGCCUUUUACCAAAAAGCUGAUGGCCCUUCAGCGAUUUUCUUAUGUCAAUACUACAGCAGAGAGAUGAAUUCACUCUGCAAUACAUAUGAAAAUGUUAUAGGCUACCUAAUGGCAGAUGUGUUGCUGGUAGUAUUUGGAAUGCAGGCAAAUUAUCAAGAUUCUAAUCAUAACCGGGGUGCUUUGGGAUAGGCUUUGUAGAUGCAUACCAAGUUCCAUAUAAAUGUGAAGAUAUCAGUAAUCAGAAUGGAGGUUGAAUCACUUUAGCAUGGCUGUUGGCGGAAACUCUUUCCAAGAUAGAAUGCUGUUUCAAGGGGUCACCCACCAAUCAAGUUUCUGUAUCUUCUCAGUUGAGCAGGUUCCUGUUCUCGAUGAGUGUCCAUUGUGAUGAGUACACUCUUCUUCUUGUGAUUUUUCUGAAGAUAUUUACUUAGUGACUCAGAUUUCUUUUGUGAUUUUAUUGUUCUGUCUGUGUGAUGCUUAGUUGAAAAUAACGGGCUAAAUAUACUUUUUACCCCUAAACCACAGGGAUUUUAAACUUUA